UUUUUUUCAGUGCCGCCAGUCUGGCGCCAGGAGAGGAACAUUUCAUGAUUUUACUUUCACACUUUAAACAUAAACACAGACGAAAACAUGAAAACAAUUUUGCUUUUCUCUCUACUAUCAAUUCCCCCAAUUCUAGCUGGCUCCCACCGUAGAGUACGUCGCGUCUGUUUGGUGGAAACCCAGCCCGGAAAUUCCUCCUUCAGCCCAGUUCACAAAGAAGUAAUUUGCUACAACGCGUCGUGUUGUAAAAAGGGCUGUUGUCCUUGGUACGUCGAUCUAUUUUUUGCCUUUUUCAUCGUGUUACUUUUUUUGCUGUCCUUGAAAAUUAUAGAAAAGUGUUGGCAUAAGUACUGCAGAGUUAUGUCCGAAAGAAGCGUCACGAACGAAUCGCAAGAGAACAUCUUGAUGACGUCUGCCAAUCAGUCAAUUUGCGCUUCGAGGGACGCCCUUCCGAACUAUGGUAGCAAUAGUAGCGAAGUACCUGCACUUCCCGCCUAUACUGAUGAUGGCUUACCCACGUACGAAGAAGCUGUGUCGGCAAAGCGGUGA